CCGUAUCUCCAUUCGCAAUUCACAGCAACGUUCAUUACCUUGCACGCUUAUUUCGAACUUACUAAAUUUUAGGGUUUCGUAGAGAGAGAUGAUGCAGAGGUACAGUAGUUCAACGCAGGGGCAAUACUGUAAUUCGUGCGGGAUGUUCCAUCGCCAUGGCCAAAGCUGCUACGGCAGCAACGCCGGCCAGUUCUCGUCGAUGCAAAACGGCGGCGUUUUCGAGCAGAAGAACGGCAACUGUACGGACUGUUGCUACUCGACGUCGGGAGUGGACUGCACUCUCUCUCUGGGAACUCCGUCCACGCGCCUCUGCGAGGAAGACGAGAAGCGAAGACACUCCACUUCAUCCGGAAGCUCCUCCUGCAUUUCCAACUUCUGGGACUUGAUUCACCAUAAACACUCCUCCGCCACCAUCUCCGGCAAUCCCGGCGGCGGCGGCUCCGGCGGUGAUAUGCUCCUCGCUCGCCGCUGCGCUAACUGCGACACCACCUCUACUCCUCUCUGGAGGAAUGGCCCUAGAGGCCCCAAGUCCCUAUGCAAUGCGUGUGGUAUUCGUUUCAAGAAGGAAGAGAGAAGGUCGACGGCUGUCAACGGUGGUGCCGACCACUUCGCCAAUUAUAAUUACCAUGAUGCCACGGGGAAUGGGUCGCGGCUCCACGCGCCGCCGUCGCAGAGAGUGCAGUGUUACCAAAACGGCAGCGAGAUAAGGUUCAUCGACGACGUAUCCGGCGACUACCACCACCGUGAGUCCGAAGGAAGAGCCAACGCCGUGCCUUUCCUCUCGUGGAGGCUCAACGUGGCUGACAGGGCCAGUCUUGUCCAUGACUUCACCAGAUGAAAAAUAAGUGAAAACGACGUCGGUUCGAGUUUUUCCAUAUGGUUUAUUAAUUAUCAAAUUGAUCCCCAAAAAAAAAAAGAGAAAAGAGGGAAAUUGAAAUAAAAUAGAAGUGUAUAUCGAGGUGCGAAGUUGAUGGUGAGUGAUAGCGACGGUCUAACUUAUGGUCUAUCUAUAAAGUGUCGUUUGGUCAAAAUUGAAAUGAUAUUUAUAUUUGAAUUUUUUUUCUACCCUUUUUUAAAUUAUUUGUUUUCAUUAUAUUUAGGCGGAGUUUUAUUUUAUCCAACAGAGCCCUUUUAAUCUGCUUA